AUGAGUGACCAAAGACUCCUCUCAGUCGAGGAGAUUUCCAAACAUAACACACCAGAAGAUUGUUGGAUCGUAGUGGAAGGCAAUGUGUGGGACAUGACAGACUUUGCUCCCGAGCAUCCGGGUGCACCAGAAAUCAUCUGGAAGCAUGCCGGCCGCGAUGCAACGACGUCCUACCUCUCAAUCCAUACGCCCUCCCUCCUACCUACGAACCUCGAUACCUCCAAGUUGAUAGGCCAAGUCGACAAGCGAACCAUUACCGAAGAAUGGCAGAAGCCUCCGCCGAGCAUCACACCUGAGCUGCAAUUGAACGAGAAGCCAUCCCUAUCGGCAGUGAUCAACGCCGACGACUUUGAGAAGAUUGCCGAGAAGACCACAAACAAGAAGACUUGGGCUUUCUAUUCCUCAGCAGACACGAACUGCUUGACACGGGACAGAAACAGAGACUACUUUGGCAGAAUAUGGUUCAGACCAAGGCUCCUUCGAGACGUGAAGAAUGUGGACACAUCAACGACUAUCCUGGGGCAUGAUGCUGGGGCACCGAUCUUUGUGGCUCCGGCAGCGAUGGUCAAGCUGAUCCAUCCAGAAGGCGAGAAGGCCAUCUCUCGCGGCUGCGUGAAAGAGCGGAUACCACAAGGCAUAUCGACCAACGCCUCGUUCCCAGUCGAGGAGAUCGUACAGUCCAUGCCUCGCGGAGGCCACGCGUUCUUCUUCCAGCUCUACGUCAACAAAGACCGCAGCAAGAGCGAAGCUCUUCUCCGGCACGUCCGAAGUCUCGGAAUCGACGCGAUCCUCGUGACCGUCGACGCACCCAUGCCAGGAAAGCGAGAAGCCGAUGAAAGAGUCAAGAUGGACGAGAAUCUGAGCACACCGAUGUCCGGCCAGAAGGGCAGCAACGAUCGCAGAGGUGGUGGGAUCGGAAGAUUGAUGGGUGGAUACAUCGCUCCCGACUUCACGUGGGAUGAGUUCGCGUGGUUGAGGAAGCACUGGGAUGGCAAGAUUGUGGCGAAGGGCGUGCAGAGCUGGCAAGAUGCGAAGAUGUGUGCAGACCAUAAACUCGAUGGCGUUCUCUUGUCGAAUCAUGGCGGGAGAAAUCUCGACACGAGUCCGCCUGCGAUCAUGACUCUGUUGGAAUGCCAGGCGAACUGUCCGGAGGUCUUUGCUCAGCUGGAAGUGCUUGUCGACAGUGGCAUUCGCCGAGGGUCAGAUGUAUUGAAGUGCUUGUGUCUUGGUGCGACCGCUGUCGGGCUGGGGAGACCAUUCCUGUUCGCUGCCAACUAUGGUGAAGAAGGAGUUGAGCACUUGAUUGACAUCAUCAAGACUGAGCUGGCGACUGCGAUGGCGUUGGUGGGCAUCACGGAUCUAUCGCAAUGUCAUUCCGGCUUGGUGAGCACGCUUGAUCUGGACCAUCUCGUCAGCAGAGGAGAGGCGCACCCGUAUGCCACUGGGAGGAGGAUGCAGGCGAUGAAGAGUCGGCUGUGA